AAAAAAAAUAGAAAUCGAAGGGUGUCUGUGUUUGUAUUUGUCAAUAACCUAACCAGCUAGUUACCUGAUGCGCAUUGUCAUCUAACCCUACAGAGUUGUAAGGGAUUUCUCCUCAGUUGAUGCUUUAUACUGAGGCUAAUGCAAUUAUCACCAUGUUGCCCGGUGUGGAAAUUAAGAAUUAGGAAGUUUAAAUGGCGAGGCGAGUUACGCGGUCGAGGCAGCAAAUAACUCAGCAGCCAGAACCACAAUCGCGGGCGAGGUGGACAAAUGGCCUAACUAAGAUAUUUGCGGACUUAAUGGUUGACCAGGUCCAGAAAGGGAAUAAACUAAACAACAAUUCUUUUAGCAAGAAAGCAUGGAACAUCAUGUCUGAUGAGUUUUAUCAGAAGACUGGCCUGAAAUGGGAUAAAGAGCAGCUCAAGAACAGAUAUGCGGUCAUGAGGAGGCAGCACGCUAUCGUAAAGUCACUUCUUAAUCGAAGUGAAUUCCGUUUGGAUGCAUCUACUGGGAACAUUAUAGCCACCAAUCAAGCUUGGAAUGAGUAUAUAAAGGGACAUCCUGAUGCUGAGCCUAUAAGAGGCAAUGGGUGCCCAAUCUACAAACAGCUCGGUGUGAUAUUCUCUGAGCCAUUAACCAAUGGGAAUCAUGACCAGCCUGCUGAACUAGAGGAAGAGGCUCCUUCAGCAGUUCCUUUUAAGGAGACUUUGAACAAUAUCCAAGAGGAAGAGUCCUCUUCAGAAUCUGAGGACGAGGAUGAUGUGGCAGAUAACCAAGAAACAUUUCAACCUGCCACACAUAUUGCAACUACUAUAGUGCAUGGUACUAGUGCAACUACUAUAGUGCAUGGUACUAGUGCAACUACUGUUAUGGACAAUACAACUGCUGCUAAUCGUAAAAGAGGUCGCAAGGGGAUUGAUGAUGCUAUUGCAGGAGCUAUAUUGCGCAUGGCAGCCGCAUCAAGGCUGAAGACAGCUGCCAUAAAGCAAAUUAGUGAGAGAUACAGUAUAGCUGAUUGUAUUAAGGAAUUGGAUGCAAUGCAAGGUGUGGAAGAAGGAGUCUAUUUUGCUGCUUUGGAUUUGUUUGACAACCCUAAUGCAAGGGAGAUCUUCUUAUCUCUAAAAGUUUGAUGGCAAGCAUGUGCCGUGUAGACUCUUUUAACAAACAUGCAAGCGGUUCAGCACAAGAAGGGAGUACUUGUUAACAAAGAUCUUCGGCUGGUGAUGAGGAAGGAGAUUACAACCCAAACAAGAAAAAGAUGCCGAUCAGCCACACAUAGACAGGAGACAGUUUGACUGUGAAGAGAACGCUGGGAACACUAGCUUCUCUUCUUCACAACAUCCAUGCCUGAAUUUCCACUCAACUUUUAUUUUCCUUAUAAGGUAUUAAUUCUUUGUGUUAAUCUCGUUAUAUAAUUUAAUUUGUUGUUAGCCAAUUCGAUAAGAAAUUAAACUCAGCAAGUAAAAUAAGAAAGGAAAGAGAAUGUUUUUAGAAUUUAGAAGGGGCAAUGUAUAAAAUAAUGAUGAUCUCUUCAGGGACUAACAGAAGAUGAGAUACUUGCUUAA